AUGACAUCUACCAAACCUCCCCCCAGGGGCAGGCGAGCAAGUACAAAGGUGAAGACUGCAGCAUCCGCGGCUGCAAGUAAAGCCAACGGGAAGAAGAAGAAAACACGUCACCCGCCCCAAAACCUCAUUGGUGCAACUUUUGUCACCAUUCUUGGAGAGGAUGACCAGCCUGUCUUACAAGGAACACUCCAAGAAGCAGAGCAGAGGCAGUUGGUCCGUGUCAAGCUGUCAGAAGUUGAUGAUGCUGCCUUGCAAGGUUUGUUGAAUAAACUGGAUGUAGCUAACAAUUCAAGAAUCCCACGCGACCUGUACAAUAUGCUGGAGAAAAAACCAACAAAUUGUACAGUGAUCGAACCAGUGUCAAGCAUCAAUCUACUUGAUGACGAUGCUCCUCCAGCUCCUCCAGCUUCUGUGUCUGAAGUCGCCCCUGUUCCAGCUCCUCCAGCUUCGGUGUCUGAAGUUGCCUCUGUCACCCCUAAUGUCACCCCUACUCAAGCUUCUGCGUCUACAGAACAACGCAUUGCUAAGAUGCCCAGUGGACAAUUUAAGCGGCUGGCAAGAAAGUCCACGGGUGGGAAAGCACCCAGGAAAAUCCACUUCCAACAACCUUCCGAGCCUACCGAAAAUGAGCCUACCGAAAAUGAGGCAGCCAAGCAGAUGACAUCCACCAAGGCAACAUCCACCAAGGCAACAUCCGCCAAAGCAACUGAAACAUCCGCCAAGGCAACUGAAACGGAGGCCAACCCCAACAAGGCUCCUCCUGGUAGUGUGAGUGCUGCAACUGGUUCUGCCAAGGCAACUGAAACGGAGGCCAACCCAACAAGGCUCCUCCUGGUAGUGUGA